CAAAUGUUUUUGCAAACUCUAAUUCAUUCGCAUAUCGCACUGUUUUAAUGUCAACAUGAAUUUAAAACUGUUUUUUGUUCUAUUUUUACCGGUGGCACUUCAAGAUACAGUUAACAACUCAAAACUUGAACAAUACCGUAAAGAUUUUAUGAAACAAUUGCUGAAUGGUAUAUCAUUUCAAUUACCAACAUUAAGUUUAUCGGGAAAGAAAAAAGAUAGCAAAACCAGCAAGAAAACCCAAGCACUUGCUGAUGAACCUGUAAAAUUCUAUUUGUAUACAAGACAAUAUCCAUUUAAUUCUUUGGUGAUUAAUAACAAUGUAUCAUUGAUAAAUCCAAAAUUACCUGUGAAAAUGUUAGUACACGGAUGGACAGAACAUUAUUAUGUUGAAUGGUGCAAAAAAUUAACAGCAGCUUAUCUGAAGAAAGGAUUAUAUAAUGUUAUUGUACUUGAUUGGUCAUCAAGGGGCGACGCAGAUUAUAUAUCAGCAUCCCUAGCAGUUCCUGAAAUAAGUACAUCCGUAGGAAACUUUAUAGCAAACAGAAUUCAUCGUGGUCGAAAGGUGCCUUUAGAAAGAAUUCAUCUAAUAUCACACUCGUUGGGUGCUCAUGUAGCUGGAUUAAGUGGACAACGUGUAAUCAAAGUUUUGGGGAAACCUUUGGGUAGAAUCACCGCUUUAGAUCCUGCUGCGCCAUAUUUUGAUUUGUUUACGUUACAAAAUGAUGAUAGACUUAGUCCUGAUGACGCUGCAUUUGUUGAUAUUGUACAUACUGAUGGUGGAUGGUUAGGAUUUAGGCAAUCACUGGGAACAACUGAUUUUUAUCCGAAUGGUGGAACUGCAGUUCAACCGGGUUGCUCAUUAUUGAAAGCUGAUGUUCAAUAUGAAGAUUUGUUUUGUAGUCAUGCAAGAAGUCAUAAAUUCUUUGUACGAUCUGUUUUAAAAAAGGACAUGAAAGCGGUACCAUGUGAUAGUUGGAGUAAAUUUGAUCAAGGCGCAUGUAAGGGUAACGAAGUUAAUUUUGGUGAUGAUGCUCCUAAUAAUAUAACCGGAAAUUACUUUCUUCGCACACCCGAAGAUAUUUCUUAAAGUAUUAAAAAAUGAUUCUUGAAGAUUUGAUUUAUAUUUGAAACUUCAAUGUACAAAUAAUGGCACUCUAUUAACAAUUAGAAUAUACUUUCAUUUAUGGAACUAA